GCGCGCGCGCGGGAUUGUGUUGUGUGUGAAUAUGCAGUGAGUGAGGUGACGGAUCAUCAUCAUGAGGCUGUCACUGCACAUCGCAGUGGUCUUGCUGGCGGUGUACCACACCUGCCGGGCGGACCGAUUGGCGCAAGCCGAUCCCAACUCCAAUCUUCUUUAUGCUGUGCUGGGCGAUCCCAUCAAUGCCGAUCUGAACGAGGACGGCUACUUCUACCCGAAGCCUAAGAUACCAUUCCCGCCGCCACCGCCCUCGUUACCACCAACUCGGCCACCACCGCCUCCGACGUUACCUCCAACUCGGCCACCACCGCCGCCUACGUUACCGCCAACACGACCACCACCGCCGCCACCACCACCCACCAGGCCACCACCGCCUCCACCGCCACCGCCUACUAGACGACCACAACCACCACCACCACCGCCUACUCGACCACCACCACCUCCGCCACCACCGCCUACUCGACCGCCACCACCUCCGCCAACAACAGAAUUCGAUGGUUACGUAUACGAAAAGCCACGCAUACCAUUCCCACCUCCACCACCACCUCCACCAAGGACUCCUCCUCCACCACCACCGACAAGGCCACCAACACCACCACCAACACGACCACCACCACCUCCCCCUCCACCACCAAUAAGACCACCACCUCCACCACCACCUCCACCAACAAGACCACCGCCUCCACCACCACCACCAACACGACCACCACCACCACCACCACCUCCACCAACAAGACCACCGCCUCCGCCACCACCACCAACAAGACCACCACCACCACGAACCAAUCCACCGCCGCCAUCGACUGGUUACGUUUACAAUACUCCACGAAUACCUUUCCCACCACCUACUAGGCCUCCGCCAACACAACCUCCUACCUAUCUCCCACCAACUAGACCUACUCCACCUCCUACAAGGCGGCCUCCUCCUCCUCCGCCUACCAGACCUACCCCACCUCCUACUAGACCUCCACCAACACAACCUCCUAUUUACCUACCACCAACAAGACCUACUCCGACUCCUACAUUACGCACGCCUCCUCCUACAAGACCUACACCGCCACCGACUCAACCUCCCACUUAUCUGCCUCCAACAAGGCCUACUCCGCCACCGACAAGACCCCCACCACCAACAAGACCCCCACCACCACCGACUCAGCCUCCCACUUAUCUGCCUCCUACAAGGCCCACUCCACCCCCAACUAGACCCCCACCACCGACUAGACCUCCCCCACCACCUACUAGACCAUCCACCUAUCUACCACCUACUAGGCCAACACCCCCUCCCACUCCCCCUCCAACAAGACGACCGACACCACCACCUACAAGACCGCCAACUUACAUUCCCUUUACUUUGCCUACUCGACCACCUCCUCCACCAACUACUCCUAGGAUAAUUACACCACCGCCUACUACGAGAAAGCCUUCACCACCUUCUACAUACCUUCCACCUACUAGACCUACACCACCGCCAACACCACCACCAACUAGACCACCACCCCCACCUACUAGGCCAUCAACAUACCUACCACCUACUAGACCAUCACCACCGCCCACUCCACCACCAACUAGACCACCACCCCCACCUACUAGGCCAUCAACAUACCUACCACCUACUAGACCACCACCACCUUCCACUCCACCACCAACUAGACCACCUCCCCCUACUACUAGACCAUCUACAUACCUACCACCUACGAGACCACCGCCACCCCCCACUCCACCGCCAACUAGACCACCACCUCCUCCUCCCACUAGGCCACCACCUACAACCAGACAACCUACAUAUUCAACCAUAGUCCCUGAUUUUAGAACCACUGGAUACGACUAUCCCACACCUAAAGUACCGUUUACAAUACCGACUCGACCUCCUCCUACCAGACCGCCUGUAUAUAUUCCUCCAUCUACGACAAGGCCCCCAUACAUCCCACCAUCCACAACAAGACCCCCUGUUUAUAUCCCGCCAUCAACAACAAGGCCUCCAUAUAUUCCUCCUGCAACGACAAGGCCUCCCGUUUAUAUCCCACCAUCAACAACUCAAACCCCCAUAGUAUACAGAACGCCCGCAAUGACAAGGCGACCCCCAUACGUACCCCCAGUGCCACCGAGACCCCAGUUUAUACCUGACCAGGGAUACUUCUACGACAAACCAUUAGUACCUUUUGUGUUCUAAUAUCUAGUGUAAAAGAGUUACUAAGAUGCCAUAAUUAUUUUAAAUGUGAUACCAAACUGUGCG